GUGUUGCAAGAGACUUACAGUCCGUCGACAAGGUCGAUGUCACCGUUAAACGCUGUUUGUUUAGUAACUGUAAGAUAUUGAUGAACAGAAUUUUUAUGAAUAUGGUGCUUCACUAAAUGUGUCAAACAUUUACAGUUACAAAACUGGGACAAGGAGUUUCAAGAAAGCUAGACACUAAAAGUAAAAGUAGGGGACGCAACUACUACAGGUUUUCCACAUUCAAAGAAGAAUUUCAUAACUAUAGCAAGACAGCAAGCAUAUUGUAGGUCCAUAAAGUUUGUGCAGCGUGUAACCUGCAGAUACAAUAUUGUAUCUCAAUUCACGCUAUGCAAGGUGUUGGUAGCAGAACAGAGAAGCCACUGAAGGCUGUGUGUGAUAUUUUUAAUAGCAGGUUCUGUAUUAAACAAAAACAGCAUUUGUUCGACCAGGCAGCAGUCAGAAAUGGAGAAACCUUGAGGACUACUUACUGUUUAGACCAUUACCAUGACGGUCAUAUUCGAUCACACAAGCCAAUAUCGAAGACCCCAGGAUGUACCACUGGAUCCUGUGUAGGCUAUUACCAUGAUACUCAUAUACGAUCACACAAUCCAAUAUUCCAAUCAUCAGGACAACCAGUAGGAUCGUAUUUAGGCUAUUACCAUGACGAUCAUAUACGAUCACAAAAUCCAUUAUACCAAUCCUCAAGACGACCAAUAGGAUCAUAUUUCGGCUGUUACCACAACGUUCAUAUACGAUCGCAUGAACCAAUAUCCCAAGCUUCAGGACAGAUAAUUAGAAGUUUAUCCUGUAACAGAUCACACACGUCAAAUUGCAGUAGCCUGUUUAGGCAUCAGACCGGUUUACUAUCAUCUUGUUUUGAUCACAAUACAAAUUAUUCGCUCCAAAAGCGCCAUUUCUCGGCAGAGACUUAUUACAAAUACUUCUCACCGGACUUUCCACCAAUAGGUUUUGCACAAAGUGUUUUGGAACACAUACAUGACUUCACUGGUCUGCCGUGGUGGGCGAGUAUCUUGUUCACCACGUUCAUGUUGAGAACUGUGAUAACGCUGCCGCUCGCCGUCCAUGCCAUGAAAGUUAUUGCCAAAGUUGAGAUGCUGCAGCCGGAAAUCAAAGACUUGUCCAAAGAACUGAAGAAAGAGGUUGCCAUGGCGGUCAAGAAGUUUGGAUGGGAGCAACCAAGAGCAAGAAAAACAUACAAUGCAACGAUGAAGAAGCUGAUUCGAGACCUGUAUGUGAGAGAUAACUGUCACCCAAUGAAGGCCUCUGUGCUGGCCCUCAUCCAGCUGCCCAUGUGGUUCUGUCUGUCGUUUGGCCUGAGGAACAUGAGUGGGGCCGUCCCUGUGCCUGGUCUAGUCUUGCCAGUGUUGUGUCCAGGCCUGUUGACAGAAGGUACGCUGUGGUUCACAAACCUCACUGUUCCUGAUGCCUUGUGGAUCAUACCGAUAUCGAUGGGCGUGUUUAAUCUGAUAAAUAUAGAGCUCCAUGCGCUGGAGAGGACUAAAACAAAUCGGCUACAGAAGAUCAUCACUAAUGUCAUGCGGGUUAUUAGUCUCCUUAUGAUAGGUGUCGGAGGUUUGGUACCAUCUAGUAUGAGUCUGUACUGGUCGUGUUCCAGUUUGUUUGGAGUUGCCCAGACUCUGGCCUUCAAGUCGCCACGUGUUAAGAGAUCUCUGGGUAUUCCCAAGACACCGAGGGAAAGCGACACUCCUUUCAGAGACCUGUGGGAAACCACUAAAAAUAAAUACACGUGGAAUAAGUCUGGGGGAAAAUAAAGUUGUCAGUAAUUGUUUGGUUGAAUCGAUUGGAACAGCAGGUACCAGCCUUAUAGAGCAGUGUUUUACAACCUCUUUUAGUGAUGGGAACCAACAAGCUUCACCCAAAUAAGAAAAGAUAAACACUAUAUCACUUUCAUCACAGUUUAUAUCCAAUGAUCGGCUGUUAAUAAGAGAACAGAAUUGCAAUCCCCCGAUUAAGACAGUGAGAAAAUUGUCGAAAUGUUGGGUGUAAGUUGUGACUGAAGCGAUAAAGUGUACAUAUAUCGACAUUACUACUACUACACCAGGGGUGGCCGAGUGUAAAAAAUAGUGGUACAGCUCGUGGUUGCCAGGCUCACCUUUCAAAUUACUUGUAAUGACAUUUUCACAGAUUUAACAAAUAUAACACACACACAAAAGUGGUAGUGCCAUGCCGUACCUCUUUGAAAAGUGGUAGUGCCAUGCCGUACCUCUUUGAAAAGUGGUAGUGCCAUGGCCGUACUGUCUGCCCCGCCCCUGUACACUGAGUGGCCAUUGGGUGUCACUUAUCUUACAGAUAGUUUUAAGGGAUCAAAAAUCCCAUCGCCAUGUCGGGCAAGUAAUUAUGUUAACUGCAUAUGCCCAUGACAAGUGACUAAUGUAACAACUAAAACUUUUUAAAAUUUUGUUACAAAUCUCGGUAAAACCUUUGGAAAGAGUUCCGAUCGUUCGAGCAUUUACAUAGCUUUAAGGAGAACUGACCCUAAAUGUUGGAACGAUAGGAACUCUUGCCAAUGCGUUAACACACCAAAACGGAAAACAAUGUGUUGAAAAGUUCAAUACUAACUUUAGAGUUAUUCCCCUUUUCCUAUCGAUUAAGAUCAGUAAUUUUCGCAACUGAACGUUCGACUGAAUUUGUACAAAUAAAAAUAAAGUAUGCAUGCCUUGUAUGUACAAUCAAAAUGUUUAAUCCUUGCAAACAUGGUAUAUGAGGUGGGAUACAGUUUAAAAUGGUCCUAUUCAAAUUAAAUUAGAUGUUAACACGGUUCCGGAAUGUGCUCUUUGCAAAUGAACGGAGGUGUAAAGCAAGUUUAUAAUUUCCGAGUUCACUUGAACAAAGCAUAAAUAUUAUGAACUGUAUUCUUAUAAAAGUUGCAAGGUAUUUUAGUUUAGAUAUCAUAAACCUUAUAGUAGAACAUCUACGUUCUUGUAAAAUGAACGGGUAAGGUGAAGUUCGAUUUCAUUAGCCCUACGCCAUAAUUGUGAUGGUGUGAUGCCCUCUGAGCAUACAUGAAUAUAUUCUCUCUUUUUUUCUGCUUCAUUAAUAGUUUUUAACAAAUAAAUUAUGCUCAAUAAAUUAAAAAUACAAGGCUGCAUUCGAUGUACACCCCCUCCCCUGCUGUUUACCAAUCAUGCACUAUUUAAAACAUUUGCAGAGUAACAGAGCUCAUGUUUACUUUGAGCCCAGCCACGGCUGUUUGCGAGAGACUUUUCUCAGCUAUGAACAGGGUAAAAACAUUCCAGAGAAGUGUUUUGGGACCAAGAAUAUUAAAUAAUAUACUCAUAAUACUGAUACAUGGGCCAAAAUCCCUAAACAUUUUUGAACCAAUGCCAGCCAUACAAGGCUCACAAGUGGAAAGGGUUCUCGCCACAUCCACGGCAAUACAAAAAGUGGUCACUAAGACAUACAUUGACACAAUAAUUAUACUCGAAGGCAAAAGUUAUUGUGACAUGGAUUGUUUGGAUAAUACAUUUUUGAAUGGAUUUAUGGAUGUAAACCAGAGAAAAUGUGCAUGAAACAGCUCAAAG